AUGCCUCCAAACGUAAAUAUGAAUAGCGCACUCCCCUAUCAGCAACAGCAGCAGCAGCAGCAGCAGCAGCAACAGCAACAGCAACAGCAACAGCAACAACAUCAACCACAAGCAGAACAAAUAGUACAGAUAGUACAACUUGCAUCCUCGGCUGAAUUGUCACUACUACCCUUGCCGCCACACAACACCCCAAUGUCGGUCCUGUUGUUGCUUCAUGUGGAUGGUGGUGGCACGGUGGUGGAUCAGCUGAUCCAGUGGCAAAUUCAAAGCAUGUCUUUGACAACGCUCAUGCUCGGAAUUGUCAAAGGUAUGAUGAAUACAUUACUGUUCAUCUAUCUGUAUCAAGUCCUUGGUUUAGCCAUGUGGAUGAUUGGAAUAGCAGCCAUGGUACCUGUGCUUUCAGAAAUCCUUGUCCAUGCAAGCGCUCGUUGGUGGAUACCUCGAUUUACUGUGACCAUGACCACCACCAUGGUCCAUGCGGCGUUGAUCAUCUGCUCGUUUGUCUAUAGUUGGUUACGUACCGAAUGGACAGUGCUCUGGCUCCAAGUCAUUGUCUUGCAGCUGCUCCAAGGCAUGGCAUUUCCAUUGGUGUGGCUUGUCAUGACACAGCGUCUGUGUGCUUUACUAUGGACGGAUGAAGAUCAGCGAGUUGCUCAAGUUGGCAAGUUAUCGGCGUUGUUCAGCAGUAUUGGGCCUGCUAUAGGAGCAUUGUUGGCUGGGUUCCUGCUGUCGGGAGACGAUAGCGAUGUCGGUAGUAGUGUAACAGCAGAAGCGCUCUUGAUGGCUGGAUAUACGCUGGUGUUUCGCUGCAACAUUGCCUUGACAGCAGCAAGUUUUGUAGUUUCCUGGGGUUGGUCAUCCACGGAUUAAUCGAGUACACCCCCCCCUCUCUCUCUCUCUCACACAUAUUUCUCCAUUCUUUUCUAUUACAAAAUUACAUUACAUACAUGAACCCUUUUUUCUCACACACACACACACACACACACACAUCAUUUAAAAAUAGUACCUUAUCAACCUUCUUUUCUAUGUAGCAUAUGUCUCCCCAUCCCUG